AUGUUUUCCAGGCUCCCAGGAUAUGGUGCUUUCUCUGUGCGUGCCUUCUCGCAGACUACGGUGGUGCGUUCGCACAUAGGAAAGUUGCCUAUAAAACUCAGCGAGUCAGUACAAUGCACAGUGGAAGACAUUCCGUUGGAAUUCUGCAAGUCUUUCACCAGAGGCAAAGACAGAUACGUUCUAGACCGACAGGUGGUCAUUAAGGGUCCCAAAGGUGUUUUGAAAACAGCUGUGCCCAAGUUUAUUCAAGUCCAUCAGGACUCUGAAUCCAAUUCCAUCUCCGUCACAGUAGAAAACCCUAAGGAAAAAAUUCAGAGAUCGAUGUGGGGAACUGUGAGAUCACUUCUUCAAAACAAUUUGAUCGGUACUACCGAAGGUCACUUGGCCAUUGUAAAAUUCGUAGGUACUGGUUACAGAGGAAUUCUUGAGACCGGCAGUAACGGUGAAAAGUUGGUAUCACUUAAGAUUGGUUUACCAUACACUCCCAAGCUUGCUAUCCCAGAAGGUUUAACUGUGUCCUCGCCAGGUCCCACCAGAUUAGUCAUAGAGGGUACAGACAAACAGCAAGUCAAGUUGUUUGCUGCGGUGAUCCGUGAAUUCAAGAAACCAGAGCCAUACAAGGGAAAGGGUAUCUUUGUGGACGAUGAGACCAUCAAGUUGAAGGAAAAGAAGAUCAAGUAA